AUGGAGCUUAUUUGGAGCUUCUUGAACACAGAAGCUCCGAUUUUAGCUGUCAGCUGCAAAACGGAGCUUCUCGGAGGCGCCGGGACACGUGCAGUGGACUGGGAUCUAGCGGGCUCCAAUGAGACAGUGGGCAUGGUCGAAUCCACAUGCGGGCUCGCCGCUCUAGCGGUCAUGCUGCCUUGCGGGGUCCUCACCGACCGCUGCCGGCGGCUGCGCCUCCUCCGCUGCUUGGCAGCGGCGAAGGCAUUGCCCACACUCCUGACACUCUGGGCGGUGUCAGCACGCAACCUGCAGCUACUCUGGAUGUCGCUGGUUGUUUUGGUUCUGGUGAACAGUCCGCAGGAUCAGGUACUUCAAGUCUUCCUGGUCGACAACACAGCACCCUUGGAGCGGACGCGAACCCUGAGUCGCAAGGAGAUGGUGACUUGGUUGGGAACGGCCGUUGGGCCCUUGGUAGCCCUGACCCUGGUGACGGCGGUGAGCGAACGUGGCGCAUGGACUCUCAGCCUGGUGGAGACGGUGGUGUGCGUGGGCCUCAUCGGCUCCGUGCUGGUGGAGCCUGUCGUCUUCUUCCUGCGCAACCCCAGCUCCGACGUGGCGGAUCCGUCCUCUGCAGUGUCCGAUGCCUCGGCCCUGCCCCAGUGGGCGCAGGGGACGGCCUGCGGCGUACAGAGAAGGUGGCUGAUUCCGAUCUGGACGGACAUCAUGUGGGCCCUGACCCAAGUUGCCGCCUCCAUGAGUCUGAGAUACAUCCCCCUCUUCUUCCGCAAGGACUUCGGUCUUAGCCCUUCCUGGCUGAUGGUGCUGCGCUUUGUUGAGAACGUCUCCCUGGCGGCCCUCAACUUCGCCACGCCAAAGAUUGCGGCAAAGCUAGGCCGUGCUUGGGCAGCCGUGCUCUUCAUUGCAUCUGGCGGCAUUCUGAUGAUUGGUGUGGCAUGUGCGCAGCAAGUUUAUUUGGCCGCCGCGCUCUUCGUCUUGCGCACCACCAUGAGCCGAGCCAACGUCCCGUGCGUGCAGUCCAUCAUCUUCGAAUCCGUCUUGCCCAAACAUCGCGGCCGUUGGACGGCGAUCACGUCCUUCAAGUCGGCGACGAACGGGGCGGGAGCCUGGGUCGGUGGCCUCCUUGCAGAUCGCACUGGCGACUAUCGGGCGAGCUUCCUGCUGACUGGAGCAGUGCACAUUGCAAGCUCUGUGAUCUUCGUCCCCGUGGCUUGCAUGGUGCCCACCUAA